CCUGUUUCCGGAAGUGCGGUGCCGGUUGGACGUGGCCGCGCGGUAACGGGGCCUAGGCUGGGGAAAGGCGGAGGCGCUCCUUCUCCUUCUUCACCGCGACCGCGGUGAGGCAGGGCCCUGUAGGGAGUCUGAGCCGGCUGGGCCGGCUGUGGGAUUGGGUGACCGCGUGCUCUUGUGUGCCUUCGGUUGGGGGCUUGGCGGCAGCGCGGCGUGUUUGAGGCCGGCCGGCUGUCCGGAGGCAUCUGAGGUGCAGCGGGAGGGGCCUGGGGCUGUGUGCAGGAGGGCCGGGGGACUGCAGGCCUUGGCUGACCCGCUGCUGGGGCCGGCCUGCUCCUCCUCCAAGCGAUACGUGUGUCCUUUUUCCCUUUCCUCUGUGGGCGCUGAAGCGUGGAGCAGGGAACACCUCCUGUCGUGCUUCCCUGGUGAAAGUGUUUUGUCACAAGUCAUCGCAAUGCCAGCGCUGCCGCUGGAUGAACUCCAGCUUACAGAAAAGGAUCCCAAGACAGGGAAGCUGAGAACCUUACCGGCACUGCACCCAGAAAUCAAAGCAGAUCGGUCUUUUGUGCUAUACAGACCGCCACCUGUUGUCAGAGACCCUGCCUUAGUGGAAGAAUUCUUGGAGCGAGCCAAAUUCAUUGCAGAUGAUCUGGACUGGCUUCUGGCUUUGCCUCACGAUAAGUUCUGGUGCCAGGUAAUCUUCGAUGAGACCCUUCAGAAAUGCCUGGAUUCCUACCUGUGCUGCGCCCCUCGCAAGUUCGAUGUGCUGUUGGAUUGCCAUCCAGAGGUCAGUGACGUGCAGAAGCGUCUCCAGCGCAGCGUCUUUCUGACUUUCCUAAGGAUGUCCACUCACAAGGAGUCCAAGGAUCACUUUAUCACUCCCUCUGUCUUUGGAGAAAUUAUUUACAACAAUUUCCUGUUUGACAUCCCUAAGAUACUGGAUCUCUGUGUGCUUUUUGGAAAGGGAAAUGGUCCUCUGCUCCAGAAGAUGAUUGAAAAUAUCUUCACUCAGCAGCCGAGUUACUUUGGUGACCUGGACGAAACUCUGCCCACUGUCCUGCAGGUGUUCAACAAUAUUUUGCAUAAGUGUGGCUUGCAGUGUGAAGGAGCCUCUGCUGAGCCCCAGAAACUGGAAGAAAGAGUGAAUGUGACCCCAGGGAACAUGCCCCUGCAGGAGCUGAAGGAUAUUGUGCUGUACUUGUGUGACACUUGCACAACACUCUGGGCAUUUCUUGAUGUCUUCCCAUUGGCUUGCCAGACCUUUCAAAAACACGAGUUUUGCUACAGGUUGGCAUCGUUCUAUGAGCUGGCAAUUCCUGAGCUGGAGUCUGCAAUUAAGAGGAGGCAUUAUGAAGAUAACAGUGUUUAUGCUGAUUUGUGGAGGAGAAUUUCGCAUUCCAGGAAGAAGGUGAUGGAGGCCUUUCACAUCCUCAUAAACCAAGUGUGUCUGCAGCCCAUCUUAGAGAGCAGCUGUGAGAAUAUUCAACCUUAUAUUGAAGAGUUCCUACAGAUCUUUACUUCGGUACUUCAGGAAAGGAGAUUUCUCCGUGACUAUGAUGAGCUGUUUCCAGUUGAAGAUGAUGUCAGUCUGCUCCAACAGGCUUCGUCCACGCUAGAUGAGACCAGGGCAGCGUACAUCCUCCAGGCAGUGGAAAGUGCAUGGGAAGGUGUGGACAGGAAAAAAGCACAAGUCAUUCAAGAUCCAACAUCACCAGCAGCUUGCAAUGGAGCAUCAGCAAUGGUGGAGGGCUCCUCUGAGGACAGAGAAGAGCUCGGGGCUGCGUACGCAUCGGGAGAUGAGUGUGCUGGGGCAGCUGCUGCACCCACUGCCAAGGUGUCCGGGGUGGAGCUGGACUCUCUGAUCUCCCAAGUGAAAGACCUGCUACCAGAGCUCGGGGAGGGCUUCAUCCUGGCCUGCCUGGAGGAGUACAGUUACAGUGCAGAGCAAGUGAUCAACAACAUCCUUGAAGAUAAGCUGGUGCCGUUCUUGGAUAAACUGGACCGAACAAUGCAAAGACAGCCAAAGCCAGACCCUACGCCUCUGGUCGCUGCUCGCCACAAUGUUUUCCAGAAUGAUGAGUUUGAUGUGUUCAGUAGGGAUUCAGUGGAUGUUUCUCGGAUACAGAAAGGCAAGCGGAGGGAGAAGGACACAACCAGGAGUCUGCUGAACGACAAGCGCCUGGUGGCUGAGCAGAGGGAGCGCUACAGCCAGUACAGCGUGCUGGUGGAGGAGCUGCCUGUGCAGCCAGGAGAAGCCCAGCUCUAUGGGGAGGACUACGAGGAUGAGUACGACGACACCUACGAUGGAAACCAAGUGGGGGCAAACGAUGCUGACUCGGAUGAUGAGCUGAUCAGCAGGAGGCCGUUCACAACUCCUCAAGUUCUGAGACUCAAAGGGCAGGAGGAAGGGCAGGAGGAGGAGGAGGAAGAGGAAGAAGAAGAAGAAGAGGAAGUUGAAAAGGAAAGACCAAAGGACCACUUUGUUCAGGACCCAGCUGUGCUGCGGGAGAGAGCUGAAGCCAGGAGGCUGGCUUUCCUUGCCAGGAAGGGGCACAAGCACGACAGCUCUGCUGUUGUUGGGAACACAAAGGGACACGGGCAGAACCGGGAAACAGUGCAGGAACGAAGGAAGAAGGAAGCAAACAAAAGCACGAGAGCGAAUCAUAAUCGGCGCGCCAUGGCCGACAGGAAGCGGAGUAAAGGCAUGAUUCCUUCCUGAAAGCUUCCCAGGUGCUGCAGCAGCCCCAGUCCUCUGCUUGGAGGCAGCUGUGCUCCAUCCCCUCGGCCCUCCCUUAGCUCAGGGAGGCUGGGUGCCACGUCCAGAACCUGGCCCUUCAGCUCCAUGUGAACUGCACAUCCCGAGGGAGGGCUGCCUCUUCCUGGAGAGGAGCUGCCCUCCGUGCACACCGUGGCUGUUCCUCAGUCUGAAGAGACACGUGUACAGCAGUGAGCUGCACCCACCGUUCACUUCUUUUUGUACUAUUUAUAACUCGGAGAGUUUUAUUUUCAUACUGGCUCCUCCUGCCCUCACUGCAGCCCAUGGGGAGCUUCCAGGCUUUGCAAGGCUUCCCGGGGGCAGCCCUUCCAGCUGCCUGCUCUGCUGAGAUGCCUUGUCCUGCAGUGAGGCUCAAAGGCUGACAGCAAAAUGCUCGGGCUGAACACUGCUGACACACACGUAGGAGUUGAGGUGAAUGAGACUAUCAUAAGUUUCUGUCCCUGGAGCAAGGUGUGUGGAAAACUGAAUGUGCCAAUAAAUGAUUUGAGUCUUGUA